AUCUUGUCCGAAAAAAAUCGGUCAUGUAAGCAUCUCUAAUGACUCCUGUCGUGCAAAUUAAGAUUCGGCCUCCCGCCAUCUUCUCCUACUUCUGCGAUUUUUAUUUGUCCUAAAAAAUACCAAUUUUGUUUUUUUUUAACACCACAGGGACUUCAAUUCUCCGUCUCUUCAAUUUCAUAUUUUCCCUUAAAAAUAGUUGUGAUGCUUCGUCUCUCUUUUAAACUCCGUCGUUACCGUCGCCUUCCUCGCUAUUUCUCUUCCUCUUCUAAAAAUCCCGCCCAACCUCCGAAUAACCUCCACAAUUCCCGUUAUGCCCCUCCUGAACCGCCUAUUCUUCACAAUAACCCUCUCCUAACUACAACAAAUGUCGCCGCCGCCGCUAAUUCUCCUCGCUACUCCGUAGUUUUUAUCUCCGCUGCUGCUGUCGUUUCUGCUCUGAUUGCCUCCGUCGCUAUUCUCUCUCCAAAUGACAAAACUAACCCUAGUCAUGAUCAUAGCCAUAGCCAUCACGCCUCUAAUCCUCUCCACGCCGCGAUUGAGCACGCCAUUUCAAAAUCGAAUGAGUCCUUUAGAAGAUUCUUUUAUCACGUGAAACAAACAGGCGUUGCCUCAUCGGUUUUAUGGCAAUCUUUGAGGUCCGUACUGUCUUCCGCCAACCAUGAAGUCAGGGUUGGAUUCGAACUUCGUGUGGCUGCCUUGUUGGCCGACAUUGCAGCCGCUAACGGAGAGCGCAGAGCGGCGCUUGUUGGGGCUGGCGGCGGGAAGGUGGUUGAUUGGUUGCUGGAGACUGUGGCGGUUGGCAGUGGGACCCAGGCUGAGGCUGCGAGGGCGCUUGCUUACUUGAUUGCCGACCCUAAUGUACGCGGUGAUGUGCUUGGGAGGCCUCACGCUGUGCCCUAUCUCUUGCGCUUUAUAUUUUCUUGCCAGCCUAAGAAGAAGCAUUCAAGACGUAGUUCAUUCGAUAUUUCUGAUUCUUUGAAAGGUAGGAGCAUGCUCGUUGCUGCAAUCAUGGAUAUUGUCACAUCCCACUAUGAUAGCAGUUUAGAAAAGGUUCCUUUCAAGUCAUCCUUGUCAGGGAAUGCUGAAACAAGGGAUAUUGCUGCAGCUAUCGAAGUCAUUGAGGAAGGUGGCCUUCAUAUGGAUGGGCAACAAGAGAAUGAACGCGAUGAUGACGAUAAUGGGAGUGGAAUGAAGGGUAUUGGAAUUAAGAUCCUUGAAGGUACAACUGUUUUAGGACUUGGUAGAAAUAGUGGGCUUGCAAAGCUGGAGGAUUGUAAUUCUGGUCAUAUAGAACUCCUUCAGACUCCUAAAACCCUUAGCUUGCUACAAAAGCAAGAUGGUGCUCUGGCACAAAAUUUGUCUUCAGCUGUUGUUCCUGGACUCUGGGAUGAUCUGCAUUGUCAGCAUGUUGCUGUACCUUUUGCAGCAUGGGCAUUAGCCCAGUGGGCAAUGGCAUCCGAUGCGAAUAGAUCCAACAUCCAGGAACUUGACCAAGAUGGGCAAGCUGUCAUGACUGCAAUAAUGGCACCUGAGAGAUCCGUGAAAUGGCACGGAAGCUUGGUAGCAAGGUUGCUGUUAGAGGACCGUAAUCUGCCCCUAAAUGAUUCUGUUUCUGAUUGGAGUUCCAGCCUUCUUACAACUGUUUCUCAGGCAAGUAAAAAUGAUGAUAUCCCGUUGGCUCAGGUGGCUUUAUCGGCUUUCUUGCUUUCUGUUGAGAGAAGCCCAGGGGCACGGAAUAUAGUGAUGGACAAGGGUCUUCAGCUGAUGAGAGACACAGCGAAGCAUACAGAAAAAUACAAGCAAGUGCAAGAAGCAUUAGCUAGGGCUUUGGAAUUACUUUGUACUGGGGAUAUGCACUUAUCUCUUGAGGAGAGCCAAAAAUGGUCUGGCAUUCUGCUUCCUUGGGUUUUUGGGAAAGUUUCAUCGGACACUAUAAGAUCUUCAGCCAUGAAAAUCCUCUCAUGCAUUCUCGAAGAUCAUGGACCAUCUUCUGUACUGAUUUCCCAAGGAUGGUUAACCUUGUUGUUAAAAGAAGUUCUGGCUUCCAGCAAGGCCUCAUUUAGCAACGGAGUCAUUCAGCCUAAAAAUGGCAAAGUGAAGACACAAAUUGAUCAGUCCAACAUUCAGUAUGCUACACAAACUGCUAUUCAGUUGGCAGGUGCUGUUGUACGUCUAGCAGGGAAACAGCUGGGAGUAGCCACUGAUUCUGUUGAUACAUUCCCACUGGAAGAUCUUCUUUCCUUGGAACCCUUUGUCGGACUAUUUCAAAACUAUAAGAAAGAUGCUGCGGCUAAAUUUAAUGUGGCAGAUUCUGCUUUUGCGACCCUUAAGGGGAUUAAAGCAUUAACUGAACUUUGUUCUGAGGAUUCCUUAUGUCAAGAAAAAAUUGUCGAACUUGGGGUCUUUUGUUUGUUGAAACGCUUUUUGUUAUGCGAUGAUUACGAGAGGCUAUCUGCAAUGGAAGCUUAUGAUGCAUCUAGAACCCUUGAGGCGCAGGAGCGAGUUCCAAAUGCUAAUGGAAAAACGCUCAAUGCAGCUAGUGAUUCUCUAUCUAGUGUUCGGGUUCCACCUACAGCACACAUUCGUAGGCAUGCAGCUAGGCUGUUAACUGUUCUCUCACAGCUUCCUAAGGUUCAGAAGGCCAUUCUAGCAGAUUCAGCUUUGUGUGAAUGGCUAGAGGAUUGUGCUGAUAGCAAGAUCCCAGGUUGCAGUGAUUCUAAAAUGCAGAGUUACUCUAGGGCAACACUCUUAAAUGUGUUCUGCUGUCAGCAUGCUGCUCUACACAGUAGUAUUCCUGAUGGUGGAGGUACCAACAGAAACAGUGGUUGUACUCGGUAUAAUGACAUGAUAUUUUUGAUUAAUCCUGAGUUGCCUCACUGGAAGCAUUGUGAAAAUAUCUUUAGUAGUAGUAUUAUUAAAAGGAACGAAGUAUCUUUGGUUAGGGAUAAUUCCGACGAUGGCUGCAGUUCAUCUGUAACCAGAGUUUCAAACACUAGUGAAUGUUCUACUUCUGCCAAUAAUUCCCUUCAUAACUCUAAAUUAGAGGCUCCUAAUAGCGCUUUAAAUGAUGGUGAAUGUUCUACCUCUUCCAAAGAAUACUUUAAUAGCUCUAAAUCAGAGGCUCCGCAGCUAGAUGUUGUUUUUAUCCAUGGCUUGCGUGGUGGGCCUUAUAAGACUUGGCGUUUAUCUGAGGACAAAGUCUCAACUAAAUCAGGUUUGGUGGAGAAAAUUGAUAAGGAAGCUGGAAAACUAGGAACAUUUUGGCCUGCUGAAUGGCUAUCAUCUGACUUGCCUCAAGUACGCAUGUUUACCCUCAAAUACAAGACAAAUCUUACACAAUGGUCUGGGGCCACACUGCCUCUUCAGGAAGUGAGCUCUAUGUUGUUAGAGAAGCUUGUUGCUGCAGGCAUUGGGAAUCGGCCUGUUGUGUUUGUGACUCACAGCAUGGGAGGCCUGGUUGUGAAGCAGAUGCUGUAUAAAGCCAAGGCAGAAAAUAUCAAUAACCUUGUGAACAACACUGUUGGAAUGGUAUUCUACAGCUGCCCACACUUUGGUAGUAAACUAGCAGAUAUGCCUUGGCGAAUGGGCCUUGUGCUCCGUCCUGCUCCAACUAUAGGGGAGCUAAGAAGCGGGUCUCCUAAAUUAGUUGAGCUCAACGACUUCAUCCGCAACCUUCACAAGAAAAAACUAGUUGAAGUCCUAAGUUUGUGUGAGACCAAGGUAACUCCAAUUGUUGAAGGUUAUGGUGGAUGGGCCUUCAGGAUGGAAAUUGUACCAAUUGAAUCAGCAUACCCAGGAUUUGGUGAACUUGUUGUGUUAGACUCGACAGAUCAUAUAAAUUCUUGCAAACCAAUAAACCGUGACGACCCUUCCUAUAAGGAGACGUUAGAGUUUCUGCAGAAGUUAAAAGCUCGUUAUUCAAAAGAAGACGCUUCACUAUAAUCUUAAAGCACGAACACAGUUGGUGAUGAUCAUGCAAAUUUUUUGGAUUAAGCUUUCUUGGUGUUGAUGACGGUUAUAUAUACAUGGACAGUGAAAACAAGUUUUGCAAGAUGGAGUUUUUUAGUCAUCAACAAGUGGAGCAGCUUAGGGUGAUCAGGUUACUUAUUAUUUAAUCAUCCAAACACAAGACUUGGAAAUUCAUUUGUACAUUGAUUCGGGGUGAAUUUUGUAUACUAUCAGCAUCUCAAAAGAAAAAUACCCAACUUCUGUAAAUAAGCUUACAGCUUAUAUUUAGUUUAAAGGUAUUGUACUUGUACAUAACUUUUAACAAGUAAAAGAAAAUAUAGAAAUGCAUGUUUAUAUGGAA